AUGGCGAACCCUCUCGACACCGACGCCGGCUCUGAGCUCUUCGCCUCCUACGAGGCCGAGUUCAAGCUCGUCCAAGCCGACCUCAACCAGAAGCUCGACCAGAUCCCCGAACUUUCCGGCGAACCCCGCAAGGCUGCCGUCUCCCAGGCGGAGCGCGCCCUCGAGGAAGCCGAUGAACUACUCGGCCAAAUGCGCCUAGAGAAGCAAAACAUCCCCUCCGGCCAGCGCCCCAAGAUCAACGCCCGCCUUCGAGGCUACGAGUCCACCGUCUCCUCCUCCAAAUCCAAGCUCGCCAACCUCUCCUCGGAGCGCUCCGCCCUCUUCGGCGGCCGCUACCGCGACGACCCGGAAAACCCCUCCUCCUCCAACGCCGACAUCCACCUCGCCCAGCGCCAGCAGCUCCUCUCCGGCACCGAGCGCCUCGACCGCUCCACCCAGCGCCUCAAGGCUUCCCAGGCCCUCGCCAACGAAACCGAGGCCAUCGGCGCCGCCGCCCUCGCCGAUCUCCACCAGCAGCGCGAAACCAUCCUCCACACCCAGGGCGUUCUCGGCCAGAGCGAGGGCUACGUCGACAGGAGCGUCAAGACUCUGAGGGGCAUGGCCCGUAGGAUGGCUACCAAUCGGAUAAUCACCAUUUCCAUCAUAACCGUGCUCGUUCUCCUCAUCGUGGCCGUCAUCUUCAGCAAGUUCAGAUGA